CCGCUUCUUCCUUCCCGUCGUCUUUCCCCAGACGAAGCAACCAUCAGGCCAGGAUGGGCCAAUCUAAGGGGGAGGCAAGUAUCAGCCUACCUAUGUAGGUAGGUAUGUAGAACUCUCCCUCCCUCCUCCCCCCUUUAAAAUCCAGCAGUCCCCUCGAGAUCUGAACCUUCCGAGCAGUUACACAGAGUUCUUCCUUGUUUACAUCUUUUGAACAAGGAACCAGCUUCAUUCCUACAUAUCUCCAAACCAUACAACUACCUACCUACUUAUACGACCUACCUGGGAUAUUUAACCUGAAACGAAGACUGCUAUCCUAUCACUCUUCACGACCAUCUUGAGCCACGUCAUUCAGGCGUAAACACUUCAACCAUCAUCAUCACCACCUACUAUAAAGUCAUCACCAAAACAAUCCAAAAUGCCCGUCCGUAUCCCCAGAGCCAACAGGAGUGAGCUCGCAACCUUCGGCGUAGCUGGCGUCGCAGGCUUUGCCCCAUUCUAUUUCAUACUCCCCGGCGCCUCGGAACACCUAGCAUCACAGACUGCCCGAUGGGCGCCCCGAUGGGAACGUAACAUCUCAUACUUCGCCUCACCCGCCCAAAGAGUCGCCCAGCGCGUAGAACCCCGCCUCGAGAAGACGGUCAAGAGGAUCGACAACCGACUACCCCUAGAAAGGGUGGCCAAGAAUGUCGACCGACGGAUCAAGUACGGCAUCGACAAGAUGGACAAGAUGAGCAACCACUAAAUAGUUAUCGGCUGGAUGUUUUGUUUGAAAUUAUAGGCUUGGGACAUGAAUUACGAAAUGGUGGGAUCGGGUAUACCCAUAACAAGUUGUACUUGACCUCGCUAAGGUGCAAACGCACGAGCGUCCAUCGCUUCAGACGGGCCAUGCAUAUGGAUAACUCGCUCGCUAAGCAGUAGUAAACAAUAUAAAAAACUACGCAAAAA